AUGAAUAUUCAGUACUUAAGGGCCCUGCCUCGAACAUCUUCUAUUCCAGUCGCUAUUCGUAUAGCUUCCCAACCGGAGAUUAUUCGACUCUAUGCCACACAAAGUGACCUAGGUGGUGGCUCCCGAAAAACGACAAGAAAGAACAUCACAGUCCUAUCCGACGAUGGGCGAUACGGGUGGAAUGAACUUAGUGGCCGAGAAAAGGUUGCGCGUGCUACACAGCAAUCGUUUAACUUCGUGAUAGUACUAGCCGGUGUGGUGCUAACGGGUGGUGUCUUUACACUUCUGUAUCAAGAAGUAUUUUCACCGAAUAGCCGGACAUGGCAAUUUGAGAAAGCAGUCGAGCGUAUCAAGGAUGAUCCCCGUUGUAUCAUGCUUCUCGGUGAUCGGAGGGAGAUCAAGGCAUUUGGUGAAAAUACGUCUAGCCGAUGGGCAAGGAACAGACCUAUUGCGACUACUGAGGAGAAGGACCGUCUAGGUCGUGAACACCUUCGCAUGAACUUUCACGUUGAGGGACCCUUGAACGCUGGAGUUGUCAUUGUGCACAUGAUGAAGCCCCUGGACAGAAAUGAGUGGGAGUAUCAACUCCUAGCUCUAGACGUUAAGGGGCACUCUCGCCUCAUUUUGGAGAAGGCUACUGAAAAGCCUAGCGUGGCUAGCUCCUUGAAGCUCUUCGGUAUACAGUGGCGAUAA